AACCCAUUAGAGCUCUUCAGUAUCUACAAACAGCCAAAUAUGCACAGUCAAAAUAGUGCUUAUACUACAUCAAUGUCAUCUUAACGCUUUUGGUCGAGGAAAUCUCACAUGAUGGAGUAGCGUUGCCUGAAACUGGGCAUCUAGCGAUAUCUACAUUCAUGAUCCAUUCAUAUCGAGUUCGCGAUUCAUGACGACAACAAAAUGCACAAGCCAAGCGAGUUCAACCCUGGUCAUCAUGAUCGAGUCACAGUGCUAGCAACCAAUUUCAACGGCGCGCGAAUCCUUACAGCAUCGAUUGACCACCGGAUCAAAGUCUGGUCACGGGACCCCAAGACAGGAACUCGUACCCUUGUCGACACCUUUACAGCGCAUGAUUCCGACAUUCGAGACGCCAAGUUCCUGCAUCCUACCGUUGGUUCAUACAUUGGCAGUAUCGGUAAUGAUCUGAAAUUCCACUUGUGGCAGGAAGAUGUUGCCGCGCCAUAUAAUUCCGGGCGACGAUUUCGACGCGUCACCACCAUCCCAAGCACGCCCAGGGUUCCAUUUGUCAGUCUCGAUGUCAAGACUGUAGACAAUGUGUACACGUUUCUGGCUUUGAUCGACAGGCAGGGUCUACUCAGCAUCUAUGAGCCUAGUUCUCCAGACGAAUUCAAGGAUUGGACGUUGAUUGACCAGUUCAACGUCUGCGGCACAAAUCCGCCUCAGAGAGGCGACGAGACAAGUUUUAAGGUCCGCUUUGAUCAGAACGUAACACCCUUGGCCUAUGUGAACUCCCUCAGCGACGAUCGCAAUCAGCUGUCACUCGUCGUGUCCGCGCUGAAUGAGAUCAAGGUCUACCGAUCUGUGGUGCCAUCCGGUGAGGGAGACUCAGGUGAUGGAGCAAGUCACCGAAUGAUGUUUUAUGAGGUUAAAAGCAUCAAACAUCCAGUCUUGGUGCGAGAUGUGGCAUGGGCGCCAUUCAGUGUUAGGGGAACUGAUCGGAUUGCAACAGCAGCCAAAGAUGGCUCGGUGAGGAUAUUCGAAUUGGCAGUUUCCGCCGCACCAGACGUCUCCAAUGGGCAGAACCCAGCAAACACCUCCGCCACACAGUCCACUACAAAGCUUUCAACUCAAACUCCCCGACAGCAGCCACAGUCAAGCCUCACAUCAGCCAUAACAGGGCGAGCUCAGACACAAUCCCAAUCACAGUUUCAUGCACACUCACACUCGACGUCUGGUUCCACGGGACCUAGUCAAGCCAGCUAUCCUACUGGCACCACAUCACGAGUCGUACGUCCAGGCGAUCCUUUUCCAUUCCUUACAUCCAUCCAGAGUGUCUCGGAAUUGAGCCAUGCACAUCCUGAUGCGUGGUCUGUGACCUUUGACUCUCAAGGUCAGGUCUUAUUAACCAACGGCUCUGAUAGAAUGACCAAGAUAUGGCGAAAGAGCGUCCUUGGAGGACAAUGGCUGGUCUUUGCAGGCCAACAGAUUACCGAAAGUGAUGACGAUGACAGCGACGAGGAAGAUGAGGACAGUGAUGGUAAUGACAAGGAUAGGGACGGGUCAUGAAACUUAGUGAUUAGAAUACUCAAAGGCCAAAGAUUUAAACCACACUGAAAGACUAGGACAGGGCUUGCGUUUGCUGUCCCUAUGCUCGAAGAAAAGCCGUACGGCGGAUGAAAGAUGCUAUAUGUGCGUAUAGGCUCUGCAAAAACUAGGUAUUUCUGACCUCAUCAUAAUUUCACUGCAUUACAAC